AGUAGACAUUGCUAUAAAUUAAUAAAAACAAAUUCUUAGCAUUUUUUAAAAUUGGAAGUCUUUUCACCAUGGAAGUUUCUACGCAGUUAUCGAUAGUACAAUAAGCGUUUUACCAUCCCUACCGGACUUAUUGUUUAUUAUUAUUUUGGCAAAACAAGAAGCCCCAUUUGCCACUUGCCGAAGAUGCCGAGUAAACUAGAUAGCUUAUAUCGUCGCAUGCUGAUAACGAGGUUCUUUGAAAAGGGAUGGGGAAAGCCGGAAAACCUGCGCAAUGCCCCUCCGCCAGUGGACACUGGAUAAGACCAGAGUAUUUCAGUUCCGAAAGGUGAUAUCCAGUAGGGAGUCAUGUUUCAAGCUCGUGCCCCGCGAUUAUCCGGUGGAGAUUACGAAGAAAGAAAUAGGUGCGGAGAGCACGCUGAUAGAAGGCCAGUUUAAGACCCCCAUGGAGCUGCACAUGCCCGGAGUUGUGCCAGAAGAGUCCCAGCAGGCGCACUUUCAGUUGUUGAUCCCGAAUAAGUGGAAAAACGAAAAGCACAAGCCCAUAUGCAUUCACCUGGCCGGAACUGGUGACCAUUUCUUUUGGCGUAGACGAAAUUUUAUAGCGAAACCGCUUCUGAAGGACGCCAACAUAGGAUCCAUAAUACUUGAGAAUCCCUUUUAUGGCUUGAGAAAACCAAACAACCAAACGCGAUCCAACCUGCAUAACGUGUCCGAUAUCUUUGUGAUGGGUGGGUGCCUCAUCCUGGAAUGCCUGGUACUCUUUCACUGGUGCGAAAGGAAUGGCUUUGGUCCACUAGGCGUCACAGGAUUGUCAAUGGGCGGUCAUAUGGCAUCACUAGCUGCUACAAAUUGGCCGAAACCGCUGGUACUGGUGCCAUGUCUAUCCUGGUCCACCGCAUCCGCUGUUUUUACAACUGGAGUAAUGAGCCAGUCCAUCAACUGGGAUAUGCUGGAAACGCAGUAUUUCUCUGACGGACAGUACAGAGAACGGCUAUCCAAAAUGGUUACUGUGAUAGACGAUGCAUUUUCCGCGGGCCAAAGCUUCAUACAGAACUUUAAUCAAUCUCUGCAAGAGCUGAAGGAGGACAUCAGCGAUACGAGAAAGAUUCACGAAACUGAAAACAGUAACACCUGCGGGGAUAAGUACGAGACACGGGGCAUCUGUCCCCAAGAAGACAGUUCCAUAUUUCUAUCCAAGUCCUUGAAGAACACCAAACUUGACUCCGAGAACCUGACCAUAGAUGCAAAGGACACGCUCAGUCAAAAGGUGGUCAUUGAAACGGAAGAACCAUCCAAGGAGUCCAAGGAGUCCACGUUGACAAACCUCAUGAAAUUCAUUCUGCCCCUGUCUGCGCAAAGCAAAUCCGAUAAAAUAGACAUAACCAAGACGAACUGGUGGGAACGGGAGGCGCUGCAGUUCAUGCGCGGCAUGAUGGAUGAGUGCACCCACCUGAAGAACUUCUCGGUGCCCUUCGACACCUCCCUGAUCAUAGCGGUCUGUGCCAAAGACGAUGCCUAUGUGCCUCGGGAAGGGUGUUCCAGCCUCGAGGACAUUUGGCCCGGAGCAGAGGUGCGAUACUUGGAUGCUGGUCAUGUGAGCGCCUACGUCCUGCACCAGAAACUAUUCAGAUCCUGCAUUAUUGAGGCUUUUGAGAGGGCGAAGAAAAUCUAUGAAAAGGACGUGGGCGAAGGCCUGAAAUGUGAUAUUACCUAUGAGCAGUUGAUAAAGAGAUAUGACAAAAAUAUUCAGUAAACAUAAGUUAGAAUAUUAAAACAUAAUGAUGAAUAUGUUGCCAUUUAAAGAAAAGGUCUAGUAAAUUGCA